CGGUCUGCAUGUAUGGCUGGUGUCUGCUGCAGCAAGUGAGCACAUGUCCAGAGCACACACGGUAAGGCUCUGCGACUGACUCUGGGCUGAGAGUAAAUAUUUUGCUGAAACUUUGCCUCAUGGUGAAACUUAAGUUUCUCGGUUGCUUUUUGAACAUGCCUUUCUAAGAAAACUGGAUUACUACUUCACUACAACUGGUUUUCUUUUGAGGAUUAGCAUCUAGGGAUUAGCUCUUCAUAAAAGUGAUGGACCUUAAGUUUUGGCAACUGGAGGAAUUGGAAACCUUCCCUGUUUCAGGAUUUUUUUUUUGAUCUUGGAGAGUAAAACUGAUGCUGAGUGACAACACCUGAACCUCUCCACAUCAACAGGACUUUGGGACAUUGGUUCUGACUAUUAUGCACCACACUGACGGCUGCACUCCAGAUCCCUCCACCAUUUGAAGAUUUCGCUGGUUCUGGAUCAUUUUGCCUUUUCUCACUUCACUAAAACACCUAACUUGCGUUGCAAGUACAGACUAAAUAAACCGAUGCAACUGUGAGCGCUUCAGGUCUCCGGCCAACUUGCAUGCAGGUGUGAUGCUGAGUUACUGUGUCUGACACACAUGGUUGUCCGGGAAACGAAGACAAAUGAAGACAUCGAACACUCCAAAACUUUUCAGCGAAAGUCAGAUUUGAUUCUAAAGCUGCUUUGAGUUUCUACUCUAUUGGAUAAGGAGCAACAUAUCCAGAACUGUAAGAUAGCAUCUUCACAUCAUGACCCCAGCGACCUGCAAAUUACAACAUAACUUCCCUCGCCUCCUUCCCUUUGUCCUGCUGAUGUUCCUCCAGGCCUGGCAGGGGUGCUGUCACCCUCAAUGUUUAGACUACAAGCCUCCAUUUGGGCCCCGACAACCGCUGAUGUUCUGUAAAGACUAUAGCAAGUUUGGAUGCUGUGACUUGGAGAAAGAUGAAGAGAUAUCGAGAAGAUUUUACAACAUCAUGGCAAACUUCGACAAUUCAGGCUACUUCACCUGCGGCAAGUACAUACGCAGCAUCCUCUGUCAGGUGAGAUGAAUAUCUAACUACUGUGUUUAUUAUUGCUGCAUAUGAUCAUGUGAGCAGAAUCUAUUUUUCCCUCAACAUCUUGAUAUGAAACCGUUGGUUAUCUGGUGUCAGCUGCAAUUGUCAGGCUGACAGUGUAUGCCUGUCACCUGAGAUACAUGCAGUCAGAUUCACUGUAGAUUAUGUAUGAAUUUUUUGCCUUUGCAAAAAAAAAAUGUGGUCAAUGUAGAGAUGUCAGUUAUGCAAGGUUCAUGUUUAGAUAACAGCAUUGUUUUCACUUCCAACUUAGAUAGGUGUCUAAUGCUUGACAAGUCUGUAAAACUGGUACAAGGUGAAGAUUUUCUGCAUUUUAUUCCUCUUGGUUUAUACUGUUAGGUAAUAGUGAUUAAUAUUUAAAAAAUAAACCUCUGAGUCAAGCUGAGGGUUAAAACUUUCUUCUUCACUCCGGAGAAAGCCAUGGUGUGGUUUGUGAGUGAAAGCUGAUCCCUACAAAGUACAGUAACCAACAAAACAUGUGGUUUAAUGCCUACCUGGGGAUGUUGACAUCUGGUAGACAGGGAUUACUCAUGCUUUGAGAGCUAAACCACAGGCUGACUGUGAAGACCAGUGUGAUUCAGUGGGUUGGCUUGUAAUUGGACUUUGUUCAGCAUAACAUGCACUAUGAUGAGGUGCGAUGGCUGUAAUUUGGAAGAAGGCACAUGAAGUGACUACCUCAGAUCCUUUUUUGGGGAAAUGAACUGAUGUUUGGUCAUGAAAUGUCCAAUGUUCACCAAACUUGGAUUGAAUUGGUUAAAUAAUUCUCAUUUUCAAGUAAUCCAAGACUAGUCAAACUUGUUCAAUCUUUUCCAGAUUCCCAGAAAACUUGACUUUGUAUUCUCAAACACUGAAGACACAGUCAUACUUGCUCUUCAUUUUUUGAAAUUCCCUCUGAAAACCUCUGUAGGUUUGACUGCAUCAUUAAGAGACUGUAGAGAGACUCAGCACUUGGUUGUUUGAUGUUCAGAUGAUGAUGAUGAUAUUGUUGUGCCAUGUUGAUAGAAACAUGUUGUUGGUGAUACAAUCUGAUUAAAAAUAUAACAAUAGGAAAAUAACCUCUGCUACAUUCAACCAUUCACAACAGAGUGGUAGACAGGGAACCAUGUAAAGCACCCAUCAGUGUUAAAGGGAUAUUCCGGCGUAAAAUUAGUUUAGGGUCAAACACACCAUAACACUGAGUUAGACACCCUCUCUUCCAGCCGCCGCUUGAUUGUAGCGAGACCUUGGGCCAGUCCAUUACAGAAUACAGCGGGGUGACGCAGCUCAAGGAAGAACAUUUAAGGCAGAAGAACCACCGCGUCUGCAGUGCAAAAUGAUUAAUAUGAUGAUUAUUACUUCAAGGAAAUGAUAAAGUAAUGAUCAUAAAUGUUCUUCCUUGAGCUGCGUCACCCCACUGUAGUCUGUAAUGGACUGGCCUGGGGUCUCGCUACAAAAAAAGCGGCCGCUGGAAGAGAGUCGGUCAGUUGUGUUUAGUCUCUUUGCUAAAGAAAUUAGGCAAAGUUAAAAAGAUGUUCGGUGGCUAGUACUAUGGCUGGGACCCUAUAUGUACUGUUGAUGAAGUUAGGUGCUGUUCUGAGCAUAAUUUGUGGCUAUAGAGUGACGUUUUGGUUGAGGUUUGUUUAUGGCUCCUCGGACCGCUGUUUUAUUGCUGUUGUGUGGUCGUUACUAAAGUUGUUAUAACUAGAGAAGCAAGCAGUUGGCAACAUUCAUCUCUCAAGGGGAUGUCUAACCCGGUGUUGUGGUGUGUUUGACCCUAAAUUAAUUUUACACAGGAAUAUCCCUUUAACUAACCCUUUUCAUGCACGGCUGGGUGCAGCCAGAGGGGUCAGUUUGGGGGUUUAGUGUCCUGCCAAAGCAUAUUUCAGCAUGUAGACAGUGGGACCUUGGAUUGAACCCCUGGCCUUCCAGUUGAGAGGCAACAGAGUCUACCACUGAGCCACAGGGAUUUUUUCUUCUUUUCCUUUAAAAAAACAUCUAAAAAGGGUUAUGGAGAUAGUUUGGUUUAUUUGAAGCAGAGUUGUCAUUAGUAAGUGUUAUACCCACAGGAUAUGCCCAACUCGGCCUCUUUGAAAGGAAACCAGGCAGAAUACUAACACUCUAGCUAACUAGGCUAUCAAGCACUGAGAGUGGGUCUGCUGUACCGUGUAUUUUAGGUUAUUCUAAGUAAGUCUGGAGGAAACCUAAACUUUAUUUAGAAUAUCACUUUUCAAUCAAAAAGCAUCAGUUCCAUCACUUUUUCCUGCACAACCAAGCAUCAACCUCUGGUCCUGAGAAAAAAUGUGGAAAUGCUAAAAAGUGCAGUUUCCCAGGUGCCCGAUUGAGGCCGGCUGCAGAAGCACUGGAAACUGAACCCACCAAGUCAGAUAAAGCCAAUUUUUAGAGCAAAAAUAAACAUGUAAAAGGAAUUUUACCUUUUAAGUCUUUUUUAAAGGUAAAGCUAAGAAGCCUAAUGAACUGAUCUCAUUUAAACCUGACACAUUUCCAGAGUCCGUUUCCUAAAAAAGCAACAAUUUAUACAAGUCUGGAAAAAAGAUGUCUGAAGCCAGUCUAGGUGGGAAAAUUGGUUAAUGGUUAUUUCAAUAAAGGGGCUUUUCUAUUUCAGAAUCACUGCUCUUUAGUUUAUUUUCAGAGUUUGCUAAUCUCAGACAGAUUCCAGGCAUGACCAAACUUCCCUCCAUUGGCAGAGGGAGCUUUGGGGACUGGCCCACAUAGUGAUUGCAUAAUUAGCUGCUGACUUUGCAGCAAAGACACCAACUACGUCCAGAAUUAGAGCCUAAAGUGAAUGAUAGGUGUAGCAGCAGUUUUGUCCCGGCUCAUAUACUCCAGAUUAAAUCUUUGGUCUGACGACGCCAAAACAAACUGGCUUUGGGCAGUUUAGGCUUUGAACUGAAAACAAUUGAAAGAACUUACUGCAAGUCCUGAUGGCAUUUUAAUACAUCACAAACUAUCUUAAGACACUGACAAAUCCUUUGACUUGUAAAAUAUAGGUUUCUAUCAUUAUGGUAAUUACAGCCUGCCGUGGUUCUUUCCAAGCAGAGCAGGCUGCAUCUUGAGAGUAAUGACAGUGCAGCGGAGCACGUACGAUUUACAAGUGAGUAAGAUAGUUUGAGCCAGAGUUCAAAACAAUGUAAAUAUAAAAAGCUCAGAAAAGGGUCUCUUCAUAACAUAACACAAAGAUUUACAUUAAAAUGACAGGCUUGGAGAAACAUUGGUGAAGACUGCGUAAGCUGUGCGGCUGUCUUCUUUGAAAAUUUGUUUUCAGAAACUUUUUGUUCAGGUUUUUUAAUCUUCUAUGGGGCCACUUCAGAGGACUAAGGUUUUCAGCUACCCGGUCAAUAGUAUGAGGCAAAAGAUGCCCUGUAGAUACUCAUGUUACCCCAGUGGCAGGGUUCUUAUCCUGGAUAAACCCCUCAAACUGAGGGCCUCUGUUCCAGCAGCACUGCAGGAGCUUCCUGGCACUGCUAUUAAUGAGAUAGUGAAAAGAGAAACAGACAGACAGGCUGAUGGAAAGAGAGACAGACAGAGGGGAAAUGAAGUGUGAAUAGAUGGGUGUCAGGGAGACAGGGGGGAGAUUGUCAUCAUCCCCUAACUUAACUGACCAAAUAAACAACCAUUUCCUCCUCUGGCUGGGGGUACAGGAUAUAUCAAGUUUCUGUGAGAGAGGGACGGAGGGAAAAGAGAGGUGAAAGGGGAAAAGAAGUAAAGGGAAAACAGACAAGAAUAUGAAAAAAAAAAACCAGAAAUAAUCUAUAAAACAAGGUAAAGACGUGUAGAAUAAUCUCAGGUACAUACAGUACAAAGGUGUGCCCACCAGAAGCCAUUUUUCUGUAGUUGAGAAAACAAGUGCUCCUUUAGGGACUCUGAAGACAUAUGGAGAUGUUAAUAACUUCACAUGGUCAUUUCUCAGGUUCCAAACUGCAUAGUAAUGACAUACUACCAUCCAAAAAACAAACAAACAAAUAAACAAAAAAGGUGGUCAUUGUCAUCAGAUAAUAAUUGGCUGGUUCAUGUUCAUCCAUUUAACAAGUUCUCCGACUUUUCUCACUGAUCACGAUUCCCUCUCUGGUCUGUUCCACCUACACCGUUAUAGGUCUCUUUCUGUAUAACCAAAAAUAAAAAAAUUGUGUUGUUUUGUAUUUUCAGCUCAAAACAGAAUAUAUAAUAGAGAAGGAAACAAAAACAAAAUAAUAAAUCUUAUUAACAACUAUUGAUUUUGAGUACGCCUGUUUUGAGUAUACGUGCAUGGAGGUUACACUGGCCUUCCCAUGAUCCUCAGUGACAGUUACCAUGGCGAAAUAUGCAACAGAGCGGUUCGAGCACCAAAGUAUUACGUUGUAACAGAGCUCUGGUUGUAAUUUUUUCUACAGUCACAUCUUUCUCCUUCAGCAUGACCCUCCUGGCGGCUUUGAAUAAUACGUAGGAUGCGUCCAUCUCCAUGACAGCAGGUUAGCCUUUCUCUACCGCUCUGGCCUGGAGUUUUUGGUCCACGUUGUUGGCUACUUUGUUGCAUAUUGUGCAUGUGCGAACAGUAGAAAGGCACCGUGGGAAAUGGGGACAUCAAUAACCCGAAAACGAAAAGUAGAUUUAUUCAUUUCCAUCUCUAUUAUAUAUUCUGUUUUGAACUGAAAAUAUAAAAGUAAACACUAAUCUUUUAUUUUUUGGUUAUACAGAAAAACAAAUAAACAAAAUAUUGACUUGUUUUUUCAUUUUUCUUUUACUAGAUUGAAUGGAAUAAUUGAAUGGACCGAUAAUACGUGGGCCAAUCCUGACUAGUCUGAUUGAUCUCUUUAAUUUGUUUUUUUCACAUCUGUUUAAAAUAUGCGAUAAUGGAUACACAACGAUAACAAGAUAACUGUCUUCGCCAUUUCUUAUUUAAAAGAACCUCUUUCAGAAGUAGUUUUAUAAACAAAAGUAAAUCUAACUAAUAAUUUCCCGCUUGCAUUUUAAUAAGCAACUUUAAGCAUCACUCUUGUGGUGUUUCUAUGUGUUUCAGAUCCUUACAUCAAAGAAGUCGUCUGGCUGAGUUAGCACUAGCAUAUGAAGUUGUGCACAUUUUCCUUUCAUCUCUUUUUUUCAUUCACCGUUUUUACUGCUCUGUCCUGUCCAGUUUCAGGUCCACAUGUUUACCACCCAUCUGUCUGCCAUGACUCUUUCCUCUGUUACAUAAUAAUAAAAAAAAAAUGUUGACCUGAGCGGGGAGCCAGGAAGACACAAAUUGGGAGAAGGCUGUCAUAUCCUGCUUGAGUUUAAUUCUAUUCUGAACUUUAGGGUGUAAACACCAAAUUAUAGCAGUUUGAAGUGGCUGCAUUGUCAGAGCACAGCUGUUGGUAGUUAUAUGCGUUUAACCUAACCUAUCAUAGACGACCCAAAUAAAAGGCGUCUUGGAAUAAACAAGGGUUUUUAAAUGUCAUUAUAUGAAGCUGGAGAAGAUGAUGACUAAACGGUGAUGCAGCCUUUUAUUUUAUUUGCUUGAAUGGGCUCUUAAUGUGAAGAAUCAGCAUAACCCUCUCUGUAAAUACAGGAUCUGACUUUAAAGAAGAUACAUCUGGCUGUUACAUGUGUUUUAAGUUUAUCACAUAAAGCUUCUCAACUUCCCAGCUUGCUCCAGAAAGUGCUUAAUCAGCAGCAGCUUACUCUGAACACAGGUUUUGUUUUUCACUGUAAGCAGGAUUCCCAGGAAGGCUCUGAUCUCUGCCCAACAACAAGCUUCCUCUUUCAUGUCACUUAACAAAGACUCUCUCGAACAGUUUACUUUUUGUUUCCUCUUCAAGCUGCGGGGUUUUAUUAGAGUAAAACUUCUGAAGUAGAGAGAGGACAAAAAACAAGCAAACUCUGAAUUAAAAAUGCUUGAGAAUGGGAUCGGAUCGUAUUAAAUGGAUUUUCUAUGUUGCACUGAAAACAGCAGGAGAAUAGGAAGUCCUGUGGCUUCUUCAGGCUUCUCUUUUAAUGGGAAUAUCUAACCUUAACCUUGGACAAGAAUUGUCCAUAUAUAUUAUAUAUAUAUUAAAACUACACGGAACUAAGAUGUAAGCUGCAAUGAGAAAAGGCAUGUGAACCCUCAGUGAACCCUUUCUUUCUACUUUAUUGUUGUAUUCUUAAUGUGACCUAUAGUAAAACUGUGUUUUUGGAAUGCAAUAAUGCAUGCAAAAAUGGUUAAUGUCGUGUAAAAAGAAAUGCAUUAAUCGACUGGUUUUAGAUACCAUUUUAUAAUAAUUAUUAUAAACCUACAAGGAACAUCAUGCAAACACAGCUUUUGUUGGCAGUGAUAGUGCUUUUUUGUCUGACAGGUAAACAUGUUUUUAGGGCCUGUAAACUCAUGAUAUCAGAUUUUCACCCUCUUAUUAUUGUUGCCAAAAAUAUCCAUGAUACAAGCAUUUAAAUGAAAUUUAGAAAAAAAUAAUAUCAGCCAGUAAAGGAAACGCAAGACAAGGAGACACUACAAGUUGUUUCCUUACAUGUCAUCUUCUAUUUGUAACGUUAUUUGUGUCACUAGACUGUGACUAAGAUUUUUAAUUUAAAAAAUAAUGCAUCAUCCUUUCCUGCGGAUGACUGCACGUCAUUUUCCUCAAAUUUUCCCCCUUUGUUCUGCAUUAAAAUUCAAAACACUCCAAAACUGGGGAAACCUUAAAAUAAAGGCUAGCUGGCCAGUCAUCAAGUCGUCUUUAUCUGCUGCUGGUGCCGCUUCUUCUUCUACUUGCACUGCCCUCCACUUUGACCACAAUAAUGAUCAAGAUACAAAGGUACAAAUGGAUUCAAGACCUAUGACCCCUGUGUAAAUGAUCAAAAAACAGUCAUUGGAAGUUGGCGAAUGUGUGUGCUAAAUUCUUUCUAAAAAAAUGUCUUUUUCUGUCAUUAAAAAAAAACAACAACAUUGUUUGUGCUUUACUCAACUCUACAAAUCGUCUGCUUCAAAUGAAAUGUAGGUUGCUAUAAUCUGAAACUGACUGUUAUUGUGCCUGUCUGAGAUUUUUACGAGUAAAUGAGCGAGCUUUUCUUGCUUUGGUUUGUGUUUCCUGGUGAUGAUCGGUUAAGCUGAUCUGGCACUAAGUAAAAGAGCACCAGUUGACCGCAUGAUGGUUUGGGUGUUGUGCUUUUCUGUGCCUGCAGCUUGUCGCUCUGGGUGUGGACAGUGUGGUUGUGACUUAAUAACUGACUGGACCUUCCUGGGAUCCAUUUAUACCAGGCCGUGCUCAGACAGCCCGUAUAUAACCCAGGCCUGACCAGUCAUAGUGAGGUGAAACUAGUGCACAAGUCCUGCACUUGUGUGAUCCCUUAAUGUCCUUGACUUAUCACGGACAUCAACAAAGGUUAGAGUAAAACUAGAACUACCCAUACACAAAACAAAAACACAUCAUUUUGUUUUUGCAGGAGUGUUCCCCGUACUCUGCCCACCUGUACGAUGCUGAAGAUGCUAACACACCAAUGCGGGUACUUCCUGGACUUUGUCCUGAUUACUGCCUGGAUUACUGGAACCAGUGUCGGUACACGCUCAGUCUCCUAAUGGAGGACUUGGGGAACCCGCAGCAAUUCGCAAACCUGACCGCAACCCUAGAAGAAGACAGCAAAAGGUUCUGUGACUUUUUGGAGCUGAAGGACAAACAGUACUGCUAUCCCAACGUGCUGAGUAAUGCAGGUAUGUAUGGAUGCUCAGAAACACAAUCACACCCAAACAAAUACCAGUACACGUUUGUUGAAAGGUGAGCUUGAGUUGAGGGAAUUUUCACAGUAUAAACAUGUUUUAUUGCUUCUCUUUUUUACAACAUGAACACACGGGCUGUAGAAAAUGGGUCAAUCUUCAAUCGCACCAAAAAGACAGGCUAAUUAAAGUUUAUGAGUUACUACAUGCCAGUCUGCACAUAAUGUAGGUUGGCUGUGUGUUAAAAAGAGACAUUUGGGUUUACAGAUCCAGCUCUAUAAAUGACAAAGUUUGUACAUCGCUGUCACAAACACACCAAUGCAGGAAUUUGACUUUUGCCUACUGAGAAGAAAUUCUUAAAAUCUCUUCUGUCUUCCUAGAGCUCAAUGCUAACCUCGGCCAUGUGCGUGAGGAUCCAGAGGGAUGUCUAGAGUUGUGUUUGCAGGAGGUAGCAAAUGGACUUCGUAACCCCGUGGCCAUGAUCCAUGCUGAUGAUGGGACUCACCGUUUCUUCGUGGCGGAGCAGCUUGGCUACGUUUGGGUGUAUCUGGCUAAUGGCUCCAGGAUUGAUCGUCCCUUUCUCAACCUCACUGAAGCUGUCCUCACGUCACCUUGGGCCGGAGAUGAAAGAGGUUUCCUAUGUAUAGCCCUACACCCAAGGUAACAACUUAAAUUAGUAAAAAAAUUGAAAUUUAACCAUAAUUUACGUCACUGUAAGUGGGCUGUAUGUGAAAUUUACGUCUGUCCUGUUUUUAGGUUCACAGUGGUCAGGAAGGCCUAUGUGUACUACUCUGUGUCCGUCAAGAAGAAGGAGAUGAUUCGGAUUAGUGAGUUCACGCUGUUGCCACAUGAUGACAACCAAUUGGACCACUCCUCUGAGAGGUGAGACAUUAAGAAUCAGAGGAAGGCAAGUGGAGACUAAAAAGGCAAAUACUGUUUGCCUGAAAAAAAGCUAAUGACAUUCACCUUGAGUUACAUGGAAGCUCAUAGAUGAGAGAUGCACUAUAUGGAUUUUUUGAGCUGUUUUAUAACUUUGAUUUUUCCUCUUUUUUUAAUACUUGCAGCAUAUGUUUUGCAAGUUACAAUCUUAUUAUCCUCCUCUGAAACUGAGAAAACAAACAGUAACUCCAUUUUUUAUCAGCUUGUUGCAGCUGCACAAGUUACUACAUUGUCAUUGUAGUUAAAAAGUGUCCUCAUCACCACUCAAGAUACAGUGAUCAUGGACAUUUUGCAAGCUUUGACCAAUGUUAACUAUUGUUGCUAGGUUACAUGGCAAUGUGCUUAGAACCAGCUGAUAGUUUGGCAGACUAGUGUAAUGUGACAUUGUACUGGUGCAUUGACUGAGAUAUCAAAUACUAAAUUUGAUACCAGUUCAUAUACUGGAAUCAGUAGAUAGAUAUGAAAACAAAUGAUCUUGUGUUUGUAGCAGAAGUGUUCCUACAUGUAUGAUGUUUAUUCAGCCCUCUUGUUGUGUGUCUUGACUCAUCAUAGAACCAUUCUGGAGGUGGUCGAGCCAGCCUCCAAUCACAAUGGAGGGCAGCUUCUAUUCGGCCAUGACGGGUAUCUGUAUAUUUUCAUCGGUGACGGUGGCCGAGCUGGAGACCCGUUUGGAAAGUUUGGCAACUCGCAGAACAAGUAAGUUUAGACAAAUUUUAGUCCAUGAUGUUGAUGAUAAGGAUGACUGCAGCACUUUUCUAAAGCUUAACCUACAAAUCCAAUGUUUCUAUGCGGCAAAAGAUAAUCUGAAAACAAACAUUAGGACGUGAGUCAAGGAAAAUUGAUGCACAAUCAUUAGAAAUAAACCCCUGCUUUGCAGAACUUUAGCUUGAUAUGUCGUUUAAAGUAGCUGUUGGCACUUGGAGGUUGUUAAAUUGAAACAACAAGGAUCACUAAAUCUAGCUAGACCAAGCCUUGCACUGCCAAAAGAUGAAUUCCUGUUAAUGAAAUGGAAUAAAAUUGGGAAAAUAAAGGUAAUGAUGUACUUCAACUGAGUGCAAACUCUUUGAUUGCUCAAUCAUAUCUGAUAAAUUACAGCCCUCUUGAGGAUAGUUAUUUACCACUUUAAAUAAAUUCAAAUAAACUGAGGAUCACAUCGACCAAGGAGUGUGCUCCAAUUAAGCAAAUUAUCUUCAAAAGGAACAAAUUAGUUAUCUGACAACACAAAUGAUCAUAAAGAUGUAUCUCUGAGACAUGUCAGACCCUGUUGAGCGCUCUUUGAAAAAUGAAGUGAUCAGAUUUAAAGAACAGACCUCGGCGAAGGGAUGCUUUGAAAUGUGUAUCAUCAAACACUAUUCGAAGGCGCUGUCACACUGUAUUAAUAGAAACUAUAGAGGAAUAGUACAGCAGUAGAAAAAAGUUACUGUCACUGUCACAGAGUUUCUAAUAAUAGAAUUAUCAUUCAAAGUAUCUGGGCCACAAUGUCAGCCUGUAUAUGGAGAACCCUUUAGAACAUGGGAGUGAAAGUCUAUUGUAAUUUAUUUUAUUUUUAUGUGAGAUUAUAAGAAGUAUUUGUCAAAAGUAGAUGUUUACCACAGAGAAGGAAUUAGAAACAAUGCCGACUUCCCUGAGCCCGAGCCUGUAUCAUAAGAUUGAGGCCAUGAGAAGAAGUGUGGUCUGGCAAACCAAACUCUACUUUGCUUAAGAGAGAAAAGAGUUCACUUGACUUAUCAGAGCUGGAUUCAAAUGCCAGAAUCCAUAAUAGCACAGGGACCUCAGCAAGAGAAUGGAAAACUACAUUCUGCACAUAUUACAAGACCUGAAAUUGAUGAUUUUUAAACACAUUUACCCAGUGUCCAACCUUUUCUUUAUAUUUUUUAACAUACUUUGGUUUGCAAUAACUCCUAGUUCACAGGGUUGACGAUGAUCACUCAUGGUACUACUGUGUGAAAAAAAAAAGAAAAAAGUUGUUGUCACCUUUUCUUCAGACAGUCUGAGUGUAGCUCUUUACCUUCCUCUGAGGACUUUUGUUGACAUGCUGUAUUAGCCGUUCUGGGAAUGAGGGAGGAAACACCCCGCCAAGUCUAAUAUUGACAGUACACACUGUGGACUGCCACACACUGGUAUGUGGAAGAGAGAGACACGUGGAGGGAGGGAGAGCGAGAGGUGGGACUAGACAGAGUGGAAAAGAGUAACAAUAAGGAGAGAGUGAACAGGGAAGGAGAAAGGUGUUGGUAGGGAGUUCGUAAGGAGUUGGCAGGUGGAUAGGGGGUAUGAUUUGCAGAAAAACAUUUAAGGGUUGACAGAGAGUGAAGGUAGAGGAGAAUCAGCUGAAGGGUUGGAGAACUGGGUUUUAGAAACUAAUACUAAAAAUGCAAAAAUAAGUCACAUGGAAUUAAUGACGGAUUAUUUAUACAAACCCAUUUAGGAGAGUAAUGGCCAAUGAGGUAACUCCAGUAUGUCACAUUUGUCAAACUGCAGACUGAAACAUGAGCUCGAAAAAGAUACCAAGACCAGUCCAUCAUCUAUCAGUCAGUCCCAUCAAACUUUGCUGUCUUCUUUGUAUCUUACUCAUUCUCUCUAUUUUUUUACUAUGUGGGAUAGAUCUACACUUCUUGGUAAGGCGCUUCGCAUUGACGUUGAAGACAAUGAUCUUAGCGCCCCGUACAGCAUUCCCCCAGACAACCCGUUCGUGGAGGAAAAGGAAAGUAGACCAGGUAACUCCUUUUAAAUAGAGUAAAUUGUGAUUUAAUCUGGUUGUUUUUAAGAUUAACUGAACAUUUCAAAUGCUCAACACAAUUGAAAAUAAAAAAAAUCUGGACUGCAGCACCUUCACAAAUGAGUGCUCACAACCAAACGCAGUGGGAUGUUUUCUUGGCGCAGUAAAUCAUGUGAUCACAUGCAGAAAUGUGGCUUUGGUUUCUGUAUACUGUAAAACAUUCUGCUGUCUCAGCGUUUAUGGCUUUCAUUGUCCUUCUUCCUUUCUCUGCAGAGAUUUAUGCCUAUGGAGUUCGCAACAUGUGGCGCUGCUCUAUUGACCGCGGUGACCCCGUUACAGACCGAGGCAGAGGCAGAAUGUUCUGUGGUGACGUAGGCCAAAACAAAUAUGAAGAAGUGGACAUCAUUUACAAAGGUAAAGGCAGAUUUUGUUGUCUGCAGUGUGAUAUUUAGCAUGAGUUACACAUGAAUUAUCAUACUGACGAUAUUUAAGAGAUUUUUCACUGCUGCUAAGGUGUUUAUUCUCCCUGAUAAAAGCUGUAAUUGUCCAGUCAUCCACAUGUCAUAUAUGGAAAAACUCAAGGACCACACAAGCACCAAGUCACACACACCAUAGUUUAAUCUGGGUUUUGUCCCUAACAAUUAGGUUUUAAGAGAUCUGGUUAUAGAAAUCCCCAAAAAGACACAAAUAAACAUCCAAUUAAAUCUGGUGAAGCGUAUCCCAUGUGUUUGUUCCUCGCCAAACAAUACAUCUGAAGAUCCACGGCUUGUUUACUACAUUUUGAAGUUGUUCUAAAUAGAAAGACUUUAACAACUGUCUGUGAGUUGCACUAAAUUUGUCAAAUCAUGGUUACAGGAGGCAACUAUGGUUGGCGGGCCAAAGAAGGCUUCAGCUGCUACGACCGCAAACUCUGUCAGAACUCUUCUCUAGGUAAGGCCACUCUCUGCACCGCUUUCACACGCUUUGAGACCAUUCAAUAAAAAAACACAAAGGAGAUUAACCUGGUGGAUUACAGAUAUGUUUUGUUGCAUUGAGAAUUUUAGUUAUGGUGACAAUCUGACUCAUCAUUUGUGUCUAGAUGACAUCUUGCCUAUCUUUGCCUAUCCGCACAAGUUGGGUAAAUCAGUGACAGGAGGAUACAUCUACAGAGGCUGUCAGAUGCCCAACUUAAACGGACUCUAUAUCUUUGGAGAUUUCAUGAGCGGGUAUGUGUUUUGGUCUUUUUCUAAACCUUUAAUUCUGUUUUGACACAUUUUUUCCCAUCCCUUCAGACACAGGAUCCAAUGUGUCUGUGCAGUGAUAGUUGGAAUAAAUCCGCCUCAUUGUUAAUAUGAUCUCAUGUCCCAAAAAUCUGGGCGUUUUUUUUUUUUUUUCUCUCUGCAAGCUGCAUGCUGAUCAAGGCCAAAAUACCCAGAAAAAUGAAAAUGUGAGGACUGUACUGGCUCUGAAUCAGCCAUAUUUGUGUUGCAGGCAUAAAAAUACACCAUGGCAGCACUCCUGGAGUGCAUUUCAAAGUAAAAGCCCAAUGUGUUUUUUUCUGCGGCGAGACUACUCAUUUUUAUAUUGCUUUUGUUUCAAAGUUGUUUCCUGAACAGUCAUUUGGUGAAUUAGUUGCCAGUUGCACAACUUUUUUUUCUGGCAGGACCAACCUCCAAAACUGGUGUAACACUGAAAAGUGACCCUGAUAUGUUUAAAAAUGUACCAUAUUUUAUGUGUAUAUCACAGACCCGUUUUACCGAUUAAUAUAUAUAAAUAUAUGUAAGUAACAUAAGUUAUGCAAGGUAUUUAAUGUGUCAUUUGUGCUCAUGAGCUGCUUCUUUCUGUUCAGGCGUCUGAUGUCUUUGAAGGAGAACGUCAGCACAGGUGAAUGGCACUACAAUGAGAUCUGCAUGGGAAGAGACCAGACCUGCAAGUUCCCCAAACUCAUCAACAGUUACUACAAAUACAUCAUCUCUUUUGCUGAGGACGAAGCAGGUAAUAGGUUUAACUUUUGUUACAGGGAAAGAACAACAAUAACCACAACACCUGGAAUUACCACUUCUGUUCCUACACUUAAAUUCUGUAAUUAAAAGUACAACAUCAUGAAGUGAUGAGGCUGUAUACGUGAGGCUGUAUAAUUCCGGUUUUAAUUAGGGUUAUGUACGGUGAAAUGGAAUGAUUUAGGUAAGGGGUUUGUUCCUGUAUUUUUUGUGUAUCAGAGUUCUGCAUAAUACUAAAUAAGUGUGAAAAUUCGCACAUUUCUGAGGAGUUAAAAAGACCGAGGAGAGAUUUAUGCUAGAUGUUUAAUCUGGUUUGAAUUAAAGCGACUGCUGAUUUACCAGCGAGAGUGUUGCACACAUGCUGUGCUGGCCUUAAAUAAUCUCUUUCUUCCCUCUGAGAGUGACGUGGAGGAGAUUUAAGUCGAAAAGUUCAAACAGAGUCCAAAUCCUGUCUCUGUAUAAACACCUUUUGUAACACGUUAUGUGUCUCUCUCUUCUUUCCUGUUUUGCUCCAUUUCUACCUCUCCUUCUCAACCUUUUGCUCUUUUCUCAAUCCAUACUGGUAAAUAUCUGCUCCCUCCUUCUUCCUCCUCCCUGCAGUUCAUCUUCUUUUUGUUUCUUGCCAAAGUUUUUUUCUCUGUUUUAUAAAUAGCAGUGUGUCUUUUUUGGCCAUCUACCUCAGUCUCUCUGUCUUUUUUUCCUCUGUCUGUUUUAAAGGUGAACUGUAUUUCUUAGCCACCGGUACCCCAAGUGCCACAGCCAGAGGGGGAGUCAUCUAUAAGAUAGUGGAUCCAUCAAGGUAGACACUGCACAUUUCUUUGUUGUAAAAUAUCUCAUUCACAGUGUUACCAUGCAUAUAUUUUUUGAUCUUAGUGAUCAGACAUUACACAUCAGUAUUUAUCAGCUUGUCCUAGGAUGAGCAAAAUAAUACAGUUACUCAAGUAAAAUUUGAGUUAAUUGUGCCAAAAGAUUGCCAAUGACUGUCUUAUCCCAUUUUUUAGUAUUUCUGAAAAAGGCAAAAGCCAAUCUACUUGAACUUUACUAGCAUUUAGACUUCUCCAUCAACUUCAGUAUGUUAUCUUAAAUACCCAGUAGUAAAAUCAGACAGUAACAGAAUACAACUUUUUGACCAACAGCUACAUCAGUAUUAAAAUAUUAAAUGCUACAACUGUGACACAAAUCUUUGAAACUGUUUCUUAAAACUGCAAAAGAAAGCCAAAGAUCUGAACUAUAAUGUUUUUUUUAUUAUUGACAGACUUAUAUCAGUUAUUACAGGAAUAAAAAACAGUUGUUGUGUUAAUUGAGCGGUACAUGUUACAACAUGCUGGGUCAAAAUGAAUUAAUAUGAGCUUUCCAUCUUCAAAUUAACUGUCGAGCGGUUGUUCCAAUCGAAAAGAUUAUUUUAAAUCUCAGUUACUUGAAGUUUCUGUGAGGAACUUUUUGUGUUUGUUGAUUUUGGCGCCCUCUCUGGACAAAGUGGUAAGCCUUUUAUUAUUGCUGAUCAUGUCUCAUCCGUGUGAAAGUGGUGUUAACUAAAAAAAUCAACUUUUGUUGUAUUUCUAAGGUAAAAAAAAUGAUCAUUUAUUAUGUAAAUUUGCUAUGGAGAAAGUAGCCAAGGCUCAGCUUGCCUUCCCUUCACAGCAGCAACAGUUGUUAUAAAUUGAUGUUACGAAAUUGUUGGUCUUGUUAAGGACGGUCAUAUUGAUUUUGUGUGGCACAAAGAUGCGUCUCUGUUCAUGUCAAUCCCUUUUAUAACCAACUAAAAACUCCUCACCGGAGCUUGAAUAUCUCAAAAAAUGUGACAUCUUUAAUCCUGUGUUGAUUGUAUCUCUUAUUCAUGCAGACGAGCACCACCUGGAAAAUGUGGCAUCAAGCCUGCACCUAUCAAAAUAAAAGGAAAACUGAUUCACUUCCACCCAAAAGAAGGUAAUGGAAACUGUAUGGUGAUACAUUUUGUGUGUUUCAUUACAGAACAAUCCACUUAUCACAGCUCUGAUCACUCAGUGUAAGCCAAAUUAUAACAUUAAUCAGUCUCAUCAACUUAUCUGAUGUCUUUCUUUACUCUUUCUUUUUCAGAGUUUGUAAUUAACAAGAAACCAACCACUACACCUGUACCCAGGAAAACCACCACAACAAAAACACCACCAAAAAGAAAGACAACAUCCAUAAAAAUUAUAAAACCACCAAUGCCAACGAGAAAAUCAAUAAGAAAAACAUCAGUUCUGCUGCCAACAACAGCAACAACAACAACAACAACAACAAGAAAAUCUCCACUAACACCAACACCAGCCGCAGAAACAACAAGAAAAACAACCAUACAGACCACGAGAAAACCAACAACAAGAAAAACACCACCACCAACAACAAUACCAACAAUUAAAGCAACAACAACAAUAAAAACACCUCCAGCGACAACAAUAAGUCCAACCACCAUACCAACAACCGUCCAGAGGUCCACGGCAACAAUCCCGGCCAGAACCACACCCACUGGUAGGCCUACUAGCGCACCCGUUAACUCAGCCAGCUCUGUUCAUUACCUACAUACUAAAUCAACUCCCCACACAACUGUUCAGUCAACAUUGAGCUCUCUAAAUGAACCCAGCAGCAGACCAGUGCACACCUCAGUACGGGGAGAAGCCACCAGUCUUAAACUGGGUGGUUUCACCUUUUGUGCUUAUUUUCUGUUGCACAUACUCAUCGCUGAGUAGCUUUUUAAAGCAGUUCAGUGCGAUUUUCUUUUCUUUUACUUAGCCACUUGGGUAAAAUCACUGAGCUUUUCGAUCAAAAACAGAAAUUCAAUAUUACUUAAAAGUUGUUUCAUGGAUCGUCAUAACUGCUCUUUGCCACAAGCUCUGAAUAAUUUAUGAAAUAUCACAAUCUAAGUUGGCAGCUAAAAUUGAGUUAACGUACUGUAAAAGUUGCAAUUUGGUUUAUAUCAAAAGCUUAAAAGAUGAAAACUAUCAAAGCUAUUUAAUUGUAAUUUUAAUCAUUUCAUGUUGUAUUGAGUGCAUAUUUUGAGUAUGAAGCACAAAGUGCAGUAAAUAGAAACAGCCUCAGAGAUAGGCCUACCUUAAAAACAAACAACAUAAACCUGUGAACAAGAACUUGAAAUCAAAUCUUUGCACGUUUUAUGAGAUGCUUAAUCUAUAAGAACAACUAAACCUGUAGAAGUUUUCUCCAACUUAAAUCAAAAUUAGGUCUUCAAUGUAACAAGGCAGUUAAUGCAAUUUAGUACUUGACCUUGACAUUUCCAAUUAGUCUUUGCACUUUAUUUGUAACAUCUCUGCACUGUAAUGGAAAAUUUUAAUCAAGUAAAAAAACACAUUAAAUAAAGUAAAUUUUCUCAAGGAAAUCAAAUUAGCAUUAUGUUCAAUCAUCUUGGUAGCUAAGUUUUUAUUGUAGCAUUUUUUUUUGUUACAGCUUUUGCUUAUUGUUUGAUUAUUGCCUACAUAAAUCACGUAGACGGGGAGGGUGAGCUCUUUGCACAUGCUUGUGUCAAACUCAGGUCCAGGCGAGUUAGCUGAAGCUGAAUUUCUGCCUGCGUGUUAUCCUCUGGCAGGUACCGCAGUCGAGAGCAGGGUAAACGGUAAUUCUUCAUGUGUUGAGUAUUUGCACUACUUUGAUUUAGUUCGGGUACUUUGGCUUUAUUUAUUUUUAAUAAAUGGUUCUGCAGCAGCUCCAGUUUGGACAUUUGUCUUUUUUGUGUCUGUGUUUAUGUCUUUUCUUUGCCCGUCUUUAAGGAUAACAUUACUUGUUUUACUUUGAUUUUAAAAAACUUCUUUUAAACAACGUCUUUUAAACAACAGAAUAGUUACACAAGUUUACUCUUUUUUUUUUUAACCAUUUAUCCAACAAGUUUCAGACAUCCUUAUGUUUACAUGCUUUCCAAGUAAUGGAUUAAUAAUAGUCUACAACUGGAAUUUUAAAUCAUCUAAACGCAUUAGUUUGAUUGAAAUCGUACCAAAUUAAAAUCGUACUAAAUUGAACUUAUCGUAGUUAAACUAAUGUACCUGGAUAAUGUGGUUGGGGAUUGAUUUCCCUCUUCUACGUUUUUUGGCUCAGUUGAACCAAAACCAGCCUACACACUAUGAGCAUACUCCAGUAUUCACAUGCCAGGCUUGGAGCUGAAAGUUGAAUCACACAAACGUGUUGCUAGGAAGGCAGGCAGUAAACAAAACCUUGACAUGCACACAAAAGAUGUAAACUUUCCUAUAGUACAAACAAAUAGUGUUUUCAUCAUUAGACACAUAUCCCGUUACCCUCUUACCAACAUGUUUUUAUAUGUAAUAGUACAGUGAGAAGAAGACCGUACAGUCUAUGGAGACAACUGAACCUGAAGGGAGACAUGUGGCCACCUACCGUAGCAGAGGUGGACUUGCUUCUGUCAAUAAUCCUGUUCUCGCCCAGUGCAUGCAAACUGGGACAUUAACAGUAGUCCAGUUAAACCACCUUAUCGAGCUUGACUUGACUGUGCAUGUAAAUGUACUGAGUGACUCUCCAUGCAGUUUCAUACUGAUCUUGUAAAACCCAAUUACCAUGAGGGGAACUGCAUCAAUAGAAAACCAUUAGGAGGAUUUUUGUUAUCUCAGAAUAGCUUUUUGCACUUUUCUAGUCUUUGUGUGAUACUAAGCUAACUUGCAGAAAUAGUUUCAUAUGUACAUGAGAGUUUUGCUUUGCAUCUAACACUUGCUUAAAAAUUAAAUUAACAUAUUCUCCAAAGUGAUCUUGAAGGGGGAAAAACUAAAACGUAUUAGAACAACUAAAACUAAACACAAAUUCACAUUUAUCCAAAUAAAGAGGGUGAUUCUGUCUCUCCCUCAGGUUAUCGAACUACCAUCAUGACUGCAGCCUUCCCAAAGAUCGCUCAUAUUGCCACCGCAUCUCCAACCAGGAGUUACGGGAAACCCCUCCAAUACCCCAAAAGUACCACCUCCCAGCCUCUACCCACACAGCAACCCACUUUGACCGCUACUCCACGGCCGCCAUAUUGGAUCCAGAAACCUACAACAUCAAGCUUCAAACCCCAGAGACCACCAUUAAACACGACGCUGCCUAAAUCUCAGGAGGAGAGGCUGUGGCUGGGUGAGAAGCUGCAAAGCGUCGGAGAAGGUAAUCAAAUAUUUAAAAGACCACAAGGUAGAGAAAGAGGCCGCGGUUACAAGAGAGGAAGAAGACUCCGAGCCGGCUCAGUGCGACUGGUGAGUCUUGAUGGUUUAACAGAUCGAGGAAGGGUUGAGAUCUUCAUCCGUGGAGUGUGGGGAACAGUAUGUGACGACCUCUUCAACAACAAAGCAGGGGCCGUGGUGUGCAGACAGCUUGGCUACAAGACUGUGUUGGCAGUGAUGAAGAGAGCAGCUCUGGGGGAGGCAGACAGGAGCGUCAGGAUCCUGUUGGAUGACGUGGAGUGUGAGGGGGAUGAGGGAUCACUGCUGGAGUGCAAGAGAUCCAGAGUUGGGAAACACAACUGCACACAUGGGGAAGAUGUAGGGGUGAUCUGUGGUUAG